UAUAUAAUUCACUCGAAAAGGCUAUGCGUCAUUUGCUGUGAGCUCUAAGGACACCUCGUCUGCGUGCUCGUUACCAAACAUGCGCGUCUUACAGUUAUCGUUGCUAACUUUGCUCUUCCAGACCAUGUACGUGUCUGCCAGCGCUGAAGAUUACGACGAUUCCGACGACUACAAGACUAACUCCAUGGAGGAAAUCGACAGAUGGUGUAGCAUGGAAGUAGAUUUAGGGAAAGAAUGCAGAACUCCGAACGCAACGAGGCGCUACUACCACGACAACGCCACUCACACGUGCAAACAGUUUCACUAUAAAGGCUGCAACGGGAACGAAAACAACUUCGAAAGUGAACUCGAUUGCAAGAGAACCUGUCGAUAUGUUGACGAAGAAGUCCCAAGUAAAGAAGACACAGGUGAAGAAGUUGUCAUUCCGACAGUGUGCACGCGGAGACCUGCCAACUCCCACCGUGUAAAUUCUCAUAGAUCUGCCACCAAACCGAAAAAGCGAUAUUUCUACAACGCUACUGCAUCUACAUGCGAAGCGGUUAAAUGCCCAGGGUCGGCGCAAAACUACUUCAAAACGAAAGAGGAGUGUGAACGAAGAUGUAUUGAUACACCGAAAACAAUAUGUGGCCUCAAAAUGAAAACAGGUGUAUGCAGAGGCUACUUUACAAAGUGGUACUUCAACGGAGAAACAGAUAAAUGCGAAACUUUCGUAUACGGCGGCUGUGACGGCAACGACAAUAACUUCGAAAGUAAAGAUGCUUGCAAGAAAGAGUGCAUCAAAAAAAUUAAAAGGAAGUGCGGCAAAAACUAGGCGGCACCGAUUGGGUAAUACUCUGUAAUCCUGUGUUGCCAUAGUGUGAAUAAACAGUGUUGCACCAG